UUCUUCUCAAACAAACAAAAGAAGAUGAAGUUCUUGAUUUACCGGGUUGUAUUCUUUCUUCUCUUAAAUGCUUUCACAGCCAACAGAGUUCCAGAUUCUCUAAUUCGUGAUUCUUGCAAGAAAUCUUCUAAACAUUCGGAGCCACAUUUCUACAAGUUCUGCAUCGCAUCUAUUAGCGAAAACCCGGACAGUCAAAAAGUAAAAAAUAUCGAUGAAUUAACUGUUGUAGGAGUGCAAAACGCGAUUUCGAACAUGACCAACGUUAAAGAAAUAGUGGAAAAGAUUUUGAAAGAGAGAAACAAUAAGAAUAAAUUGAGUAUGCAGAUGUUGCGCCAAUGCCUUAAGCUUUAUUCUCAGGGAAAUGACUUGUUAACCAAAUCUUUGGAGUACAUUAAAUUGCGGGAUUUCGAUAAAGUCCACAAUAGUCUUCGUAAUGCAAGAGUUGUUCCGAGAGAGUGUGAAAUGGGAUUCAACGACGAUAACAAACAAAAAUCUCCGGUGACUAAAGAGAAUGAUGUUUUAUUUGACGUCGUCAACAUUGCUCAGUCUUUUAAUUACAAUGCUCAUAUAAACCCACACAGAAUAUAA